AUGGGUUUGGUUAUAUCACUUGUUGCGCCGUUUUUGUCUGAAAAUGUAAGUUCUUGUUGAAUACGCGACUUUAAGCGGGGAAUUUUUACGGGAAAACUUAAAACCGGGAACUUUUGAGCAGAAUUUGAACAUUUCAAACAUUUCAGUACUGACGUUAUUUUCAGAAUUCCGACGAAGAUUCGCGUAUUCUGUUGGGUCCUGCCCCGAAAACUCGCACCAUCACUCAGACUUUCGAGUCUCAAGACGACGGAAUAAAGUACUUGUCGAAGCACGGACCGCCCACAGUUCUCGGCCCGACGCCCGGUGCAAAUCCGGCGCCGAGGAAUCCGAUUUCCGGCGUUCCGGACAUUCAUCCGCCCAGCGACACUGUAAAUAACUGAAGACAUUGGAUUAUUUCGGAAAUUCUUCGUUUUUAGGCGACAAAAGUGGCGGAAAGUUCGACGUACGACACUCUUCAGAUGACUCCUGACGUCGAUUGGAGCAAGAAGACGAUGGCGGAGGCGCAGAAUGAUAAAAAGAGAAAAUAA